AUGACACAGCCAUCUUCUAAGAAAGUUGCUCCAGCACCAUUUUCUACAAAAUCAAAAGGCUCAACCGCGCCAAAGAAUCCUUUGAUUGAAUCUACACCAAGAAACUUUGGUAUUGGUCAAAGUAUCCAACCAAAGAGAAACCUUUCCAGAUUUGUAAAAUGGCCAGAAUACGUUAGAUUGCAAAGACAAAAGAAGAUUUUGUCUUUGAGAUUGAAGGUCCCACCAUCUAUUGCUCAAUUUAGUCAAACCUUGGACAAGAACACUGCUGCCCAAACUUUUAAGCUUUUCAACAAGUAUAGACCAGAAACUGCUGCUGAAAAGAAGGAGCGUUUGACUAAAGAGGCUGCUGCUGUUGCUGAAGGUAAAUCCGCUAAGGAUGCUUCACCAAAGCCAGUUGUUGUCAAGUACGGUUUGAACCACGUUGUUUCCUUGAUUGAAAACAAGAAGGCUAAGUUGGUUUUGAUUGCCAACGAUGUUGACCCAAUCGAAUUGGUUGUCUUUUUGCCAGCUUUGUGUAAGAAGAUGGGUGUCCCAUACGCCAUUGUGAAAGGUAAGGCUAGAUUGGGAACCUUGGUUCACAAGAAGACCUCAUCAGUUGCUGCUUUGACCGAAGUCAACUCUGCUGAUGAAGCUGAAUUGUCCAAGUUGAUCUCAACCAUUGAUGCUAACUACUUGCAGAAAUACGAAGAGAACAAGAAGCACUGGGGUGGUGGUAUUAUGGGCUCAAAGGCUAAUGACAAGAUUGCCAAGAGAGAAAAGCUCGCCGCUCAAGCUGCUGCUGGUCACUAA